AUAAAAAGGAGUGGACACUGCUCAACAGAACAUAAUCAACAUACGGUUGUCAGACAGUUCACAUAGCUACCAAAAUGGCAUUCAAAUUCGCAGUUCUUGCUGCCGUCGUGGCCGUCGCUAACGCUGUUGCCAUUGGAUAUCCAGCUGCUCUUCCAGCUGCCUAUCCUGCCCUCGGUGUGGCCAAGGUUGCCGCUCCCCUGGCCUACCCAGCUAUUGCCAAGGUCGCCGCUCCAGUGAUCGCCAAAGCCGUCGAUGAUUAUGAUCCAAACCCACAGUACAGCUACAGCUAUCACAUUGCCGAUGCCCUGACCGGAGACAACAAGGAACAACAGGAAUCUCGCUCCGGAGAUGUCGUUACUGGAUCCUACUCUCUGGUCGAACCCGAUGGCACCCGUCGUGUUGUUGAAUACACCGCCGAUCCUGUCAACGGAUUCAACGCCGUCGUAAGCCGUCAGCCACUUGCCGUCAAGGCUGUUGCACCAAUUGCCGCUCCGCUGGCAUACCCAGCCGUCGCCAAGGUUGCCGCUCCAUUGGGUUACCCUGCUGCCCCUCUUGGAUACCCAGCCUACGGCAAAGCCAUCAUUGGUUAAGUAUCUGAUCCCCAUCCCGUGAAUUUGCCGUGGUUUCAGGGAUUAUACUCUGAUUAAAAUCACUAAGCAUCACCACAAUAGAAUCACAUCGAUAGACCACCGCCUUCGAACCUGGACUCUGAUAAGACAAAUUAGGGAAAAAAUGUACACAUUGUACACAAGCAAUUAGAAUCAUUCAUCAUGUAAAUAGUAACAUAAUCGCUCAAAGAACGUAAACGUACCAUACGAAGCAAUCAACAUCAUUCAUUGCAUAGGACCAGGAGCAGUUCCGAUAAGAACACACCGACUGCUCUAUAGUUAGACUGUGUGUGUGUGACUUAAGUGUUAUUCUAGUGUUAUUAGCUCAAUCAAUCGAGAAAAUAUAAAAUGAAAAGGAAUGGAAGCUAUCUCAUUGCGUUGAAGAACUAUCCGAUCUGCUAUAUGAGCG